CUGAGGCCUUGGCCGGGCUGUGUGGGGGUAUGGCGGCUCUGGUGGUGGUCUUCUCUCCGCUGCCGCGGCUUCGCGGUCUUCUUCAGCGCUGCUGGGGGCGUCUGGAGCGCGGCCUCUUGCCGGGUUUCUCCGGGGGCCAGAGCCUGCCCUGGGGACCAGCACUAGCUGUCCAAGCUCCAGCUUUUCUUCCACAACCGGUAAACGACACUAGUGAAAGUAAUGAGGCACCAGGCCUGUUAGAUAGCAUCUUGUGGAUGGCGGCGCCAAAGAAAAGGCGCACCAUUGAAGUAAACCGCUGUAGGCGAAGAAAUCCCAAUAAGCUUAUAAAAGUAAAGAGGAACAUAGAUGUUUGUCCCGAGUGUGGAAACUUGAAACAGAAACACGUCCUUUGUGGCUAUUGUUAUGCAAAGGUUAAAGCAGAAACUCGACUGAUACGGAUGGAAAUACAUAAAAAGGAAGGAGGACCAUUUAAUGCUCCAACUGUAGAGACUGUCGUACUUUAUGAUGGAGAAAAGCCCACAGAAAAAGAUGAAGGCAAGCGGAUCAUUGAAAGAGCCAGGAAGCGUCCAUCUUGGUUUGUUCAAAAUUGAUGCUAGAGAACUAAUGCUAACAAAAACAGUUGCUACAGCAAGAAAGAUCAUGAUUUUCAAGAAUGUUUUCCUCAUUUUGUUCACUCAACGUUGAUACAGAAAAGCUAUGAACUUUUGGGAAGCCUGCUUGACUUGCAUGUCACGCCAUAUGAUUUUGCAGUCAGGUGUUGUUUCUGUAGCAUGCAGCAGGAAAUGCUUCUCAGUGAUACAUCAUAGCAGUCAACAAUUAAAGAUAAAUCAGAAUCUACCUUGGGUUUGGCCAUCUGCGUACAGUACACUGAAUAAUUUGUAUGCUAAUGUUCUAUGCUGGUUUUGUAGGUAACAUUUUUUUAACAAAGGGAAAACGUUCACAGAUGUAAAAUAAAGUAUGUUAAGUUUCCCAGGGA